AUGUGGUCCAUCAUUGAAACAGAGAACUUCAAUUCAAUGACUGCUCCAACUGACACCGUUCCUGCUGCCCCAAAACCUCAAGCGUCAUGGACCCCUGAAGAGAAAAACCAGGUACUCUUAAACUCAAAAGCUCAAUUUAUUUUAUCAUGUGCUCUUAGCAGAGAAGAAUACGAUAGAAUUGAAGAAUGUAACACUGCCAAAGAGAUCUGGGAUAAACUCAAAAUUCACCAUGAAGGAACAAGUCAUGUUAAAGAACAAAGAAUAGAUAUGGGAGUAAGAAAAUUUGAAACAUUUGAAAUGAAAGAAGAUGAAACUAUAGACGAAAUGUUCUCUAGAUUUACAAUUAUUAUUAAUGAAUUAAGAUCUCUGGUAAAAAAUUAUUCAGCUCAUGAGAGAAUAAGAAAAUUACUCAGAUGUCUCCCUAAAGUAUGGAGACCAAUGGUUACUGCUAUAACUCAAGCUAAAGAUCUGACAACUCUACCAGUUGAGGAACUUGUUGGUUCUCUUCAUGCUCAUGAAUGCAUCAUUCUAGAAGAUAAGCCACAAAAGAAAGGAAAAUCAAUUGCUCUCAAGGCUGCUCAAAACUCAAAAGAAACUCAAAUGAAAAGUGAGGAAUCAAAUGAAACACCUUCUGAAUACGAGGAUGAUCUAGCACUCAUAUCUAAACGCAUUCGGCAAAUGGUAUUUCGAAGAGGACAAAACAAACGACCAUUUAGAAGAGAACCUCAAAAAGCUGAGAUAGACAAAAGCAAAAUCACAUGUUUUGGAUGUAACAAAGUUGGACACUUCAAAACUGAAUGUCCUCAACAAAAAAGGUUCGUCAAAGGUACACCAUUCAAAAAGAAAUCAAUGAUGGCUUCAUGGGAUGAUUCUGAAAACUCAAAUUCAGACACUGACGAAGAAGAAGCAAAUCUAUGCCUUAUGACUACCUCUGACUCUGAAGUAAGUCCUCUUAUCACGUGUAACACUUGUCAUGAAAUGAACUUUAUGUUUGACAAUCUACUAGAGGAUUCAAACCUCUUAACUCAAAAAUGUCUUUUUCAAAAAGAACAAAUUUCAAACCUAAUCAAAGAAAAGGAAGAUUUAAAAAGAACAAAUGAUAAACAAUCUAUCACAAUAACUAAUCUAUGCAAUGCUCACUCUUCACUCUCCUCUAAACAAAAAGUACUAAUUGAAAAAUCAAAUCUUCCAAAAAUAGAAACUUUAGAAAACAAGAUAGAAAAUCUAACUCAGGAUAUCACAAAAUUUGUUAGGUCUACUGAAACAUUUCAAAACAUAAUGGGAUCACAAUCAGAUAAUCUAGGAAAGUUUGAUUCUAAAUUGGACAAAGGAAUAUUUAUUGGAUACUCUCAAACUUCAAAAGGAUAUAGAAUUUACAAUCUCAAAAAUCAAUGUGUGGAAGAAAGUAUGCAUGUUAUAUUCAAUGCAACUAAUGAACCUUCAACCAUUGAAAAUCUUGAUGAUGAAUUAGAUGAACAGGAAGAAAUCCUCAACUAA